AUGUCUACAGCUACAAGUGUUGGUCUAGAAGAAUAUGGGAGGGCAACUCGUGAGCAAGCUGGUUGCACUUACAUUAAUAUCAAGAUCAUCUAUAAUGUUGAUAAAACGGAGCUUUUCUUCAAGAUCAGGAACAACAUUCAACUAUGUAAGAUUAUGACUGCUUACUGUGCACGAAAAGAUCUUGAUAUCAAAUUCCUCAGGUUCUUAUUCGGUGGUGUUGUGAUUAAACCACACCAAACCCCAAUCGAACUUGGAAUGCAAGACGGGGAUGAAACUGAUGUCAUGCUGGAAGUAGGAGGAGGUGGCUACGGCUUUCACCAAAGAACUAGAAAAGAAAAAGAAAAAAAAGGUGAGGAUGAACAAAUGGCAGACUUUAGCUUUACUUGA